GUGUGCUUAUUUAUUUCGGUUCGGUUUGUUGCGCUUCGAUUUGUUUUGUUUACUUUUUUAAUUAUGAUUAAUAUGUGUUUUUUUUUUGUUUAAUAAUGUAAAUUAAACUUGAUGGUGAUUUAAAAUUCAUUUUGUGUUGUGUUUGCUUGUGAUAAAUACUAAUUCAUUUAAAACGAUAAACACAGUUUUCAUCGAACAAGUCAUCUUAAGUUUAACUUGUCGUUUUGCGUGAUUAUUUUUGCUUUGCAGUGUGUUUUUUGACAUUGUUUUUAGGAGUAAUUUUCUACAUUACCAGUGGAAUACAGAACAAUGAUUCGAACGAAAGUUGCGACGCUGCGAUUGCCGUUUGCGAUGUCUCGAUGACGCGCGCUCGCUUCUGAUUGGCGGGCCGUGACGUCACCUCCGCUCUGAUUGGGUGAAAAUGUCAGGCCUGCAGUCAAGGAACGAGGAUGCCAUCAAUGGAGUCGACGUGAGGGAGCAAGGAAGCGCUUUGAGAGUGGCGACCAACACACCACACCUGGUAAGCCUCGGCACCGGGCGGCUGAGCACUGCCGUCACCCUACAUCCCAUCAAACAAGGUCGUGUGACAAUCGGCUCGGACCCGACAUGCGACAUCUACGUGGUGGGCACCGGGGUGGCGAGCGUGCACUGCCGCGUGGAAAACUCCCACGGCGUGGUCACGCUGUACCCCACCAGUGGGAGCACGCUGCUCGACGGGCUGCCGGUCGACAAGCCCACGCGGCUCUCGCAGGGCAGCAUGCUCACCAUAGGCCGCUCGAACUACCUCCGCUUCAACCACCCCGAGGAGGCGAUGCUGAUGAAGUCAGUGCUGCCCUCUGCACACGUGUCAAUGGCGCCGAUACAGUUCCAGCCGAACGAGCACUGCCUAACUGGUUACGUCGCUCACCACUCAGACCCCAGCAACCAAUGUUACCAAACCACCAACAUACAAAAUAUAUACAAAAACAACAGUCUCACGCAACUAGAUCACGAAUUAGACAUGACACUCAAAGAAAUGUCUAGAAAGAAACCACCAGUCGCGCCCAGGAAACCUUACAGAGAUCUAGACCAGUCAGAUUCAAACUCAGACCAAGAGUCUAGACCGAAAGUUUCCAGCAUCAUGGCUAAAGUGUCCAAAUUCGAAUACUACGCGAAACAACAGAAAGUAGGCCGUAGUCAGUUUUACACGUCGAAUGAAAACGAAAUAUCUCCUAAAGUCUUUAGCUCCAAUUCGUUAACAGUAAACACCCCAGCAAAAGACGUUUUAGGUGGCAAAAACGUUCCUAACUACAUAAAUAAGAGCAAACAAGAACAGAAAGUAAUACAAGUCAACGAGAAUAAUUUAGAUUCUAAAAAUUGUUCCUAUGCAAACGUAGCAAUAAGGAACAAGAAUAAAAUAGAUGAUAUAGUUAGAAAUUUUGAUGAUAACUCCCGCAGUGAUAUAAAUAGGUUACCGAAGAAAGUUAAUAAUGAUCAACAAGUAAAAACUGACAAUAUUUAUGGAAGAAUAAAUCCGAAAAAUGAACAGAGUGAGAAGAUUAUAGAUACAUACAAAAACAAUAUUGAACCUUGCAAGAAUAAUGUAGAGCCGUGUAAAAAUAUUGUUGAAACUUCUCGAAUAGAUACUGAUAUAGAACAGUCUAGAAGUGAUGUGUACGGAAGAGUGUGUGAUAGAAAUUUGGGUGCUUCGAAACCCAUAAAUCUACCAUCAUCAGCGUACGACAGGAAUCCACAGUAUUCUCCCGUUUACACCAACUGUCAGUACGAUAGAAGUUUGGAAGCUGAAAAUAAGAGGAUGAGGGCGUACCAGGACAGAAUCAAGGAAGAAGAGCAGAAAGAAGCCGAGACGGCGCGGCUCGAAGAGAUCCUAAAUAUGUGCGCCGAGUACGAGAGGCAAAUAUCAUCAGGGAACCCAAUCACACCCACCGAAAAGAGGUCGCACAACAAAAUCAUAACGAACGGGUCUCUACCGCGCAGCGUCGCGCUGAACAACCCUAAUUUUAUACAAACCAGCGAAGGUUAUUAUAAGUUCGAUACUAGUCACAACCGCAGCAAUACUCACAUCAAAUCACUCCCCCUACAAAGGAACUUAUCUAGCUACGAAAAUUAUGACGUCACCCAAACAGAACAGAACACACCAGAGGUCACAAUAAAAAACCAAAACAACUACGAGAAUAUCGGCCGUAUGGAUGAAAUUGGUAUCCCUGUAUUCGACGAAGCUAAUGAGUUAUCUAGUCCUAUAAUGAUAAGGAAGAUGCACAACCAAAGUGACUAUCGGAUAGCAGUCGCAUCCCCUGUAGGUAGCCCCUACGAAAAUAUGUAUUACAAUAGAAAUAAUGUAUAUGGUAAUUUAAAACCGAAAUCUCCAAACACACAAAGCCCGAGGACUCGAAUAAAAACGACAUUCGCUCAUAAGAAUUUGCCUUCACCGCAGUAUUUUAUAUUUCCUACACCGCCGCCAAAAGAUAAUAGCAGUAAACCGGAAUUCAAUCCAAAAGAAAUGCCUCCUAAAGAGAUACCUCCAAAAGACACAUCUCCGAAAGUUUCAUCUCCAAAAGAGGCAUCUCGAAAAGAAAAUAGUCCACAUGAAUCCAAAGGCGAGGUUAAAUUUGGAGGAAUUGAAAAACAACUCAGCCUUGAAGAAGAAAUACCAAUGAUAGAUGACUCCGAUUUAACAAAUGAUAUUGAAUUUAGGUAUUCCAAAGUCAUCGAAAAGGAAGAUGAAAAUUCUCUUCAAGAGCCUAAAGAUUCCACUAAAGUUGCAACGCAAAAAGAAGAAUCAAUCGUUGGACAAAGCAAUCUAAAGAAAAAUCAAAGCUUUGAGGAUGUUAAAAAAGAACUAAUGGCUGAUAUACCAGAAUUGGAGGAAUUUGAAAAAGAUCUGAAACAAAAUAAAGAAGACAAGUUAAUGAAACAUAUAACAGAAGAUGUAAAGAACAUUGACAUAGAAGCAGAUUCAAUUGAAAGUACAGUUUUAGAUGACAAUGUAGAAGAAUUAAAGGCAAAGUAUGAAAAAUUAAAGGAAGACAGAAAAAAGUUGGUUACAGAAAUACAUGAGAUUAAAUGUAAAAUGUCUGAAAUCAGAUCACAAGAGGAUGACAUUUUAAGAGAAUUGGAAAUGGAGAAAGCUCUGAUUAAAGGCGAGUACGACUCGGAAAUCGCAAUAUUAAAUAUAGAGCAGAAGAAAAAAGCAGAACUGCUGGACAGCGCCAAGAAAAUAGAAGAAGAGAUCAAACAACUGAAAGAGAAACAGGAAGCAAGACAAAACGAGAUGAGAGAUAGAGUAGACAUUGCUACCGCGAAAGUUGAGAGACUGGAAAAAGAUCUAAAAGACAACACGGCAACCUUAGAAGAACUACAGAACGCACAAGACAUCCUCGACAAUGAGACCAAGAUAUUCGAGGACUUGGAAUUUCAACAUUUGGAAGAGGAAUCCGAAUUAUUAGCAAAUAGAGAAGACCUACAAAAUGAAAUCAUACUACUAACCAAAAAGAUUGAUGCUCAGAAGUCACGUAUACUCACACUAAAGUCUGAAGCUAACAGCAAUCUCACAUCCGCCUUAGACGAGACUAAAAUUUUACGCGCCGAAUACGUCCGCCUACUUAAUAGAGUUGAAGAUUUGACCAGCAAAGUGCAGAAUUUGGAGAAAGAGUUUAAACCUAUUGUAGCAAAACUUAACUAUAUAGAAAGAACACAAUCUCCGGAUAGCGCAUUUUACACUGACAUGACUAGAGCGAAAUCUGGCGAAUUUGGUUAUUCACCGCAAAGCUCAGACAGCGACGAUCUCGACCUUACGAAAAUAUCCGAAGACCAUACGAAACAAUUAAAAGACAAGUUCAACUCUAUAGAUCGAAUGUCCCAAUCUAUGAUUGUGGAUAUCGAGAGGAGAGUUAUAGGUGACGUUGUCGAUACAGAAGAAAGAUUCAGCGAAAGUCCGUCUAAAUCUUCUACUUCUUCUAAAGAGAAGAAAGGAUUUUGGGAGAGGAAUUUCGAUUCACUUAAACGUAAAAGUAAAAAGCAAAAAUCACCUGAAAAAGUUGAUAUCAUGUCUCAGAGUUUAAACGAGAAUAUUUUCUAUAAUAAUGAGAAUAUAGAGAAUGAUUUAGAUAGAUUUAACAGUUUGAGAAAUUCUAAAAAAGAAAAGAAGGAGAAAAAAGAUAACGGUCCUAUUAAAAGCAAUUCAUCCUCUAAGAUCCCAACGUUUGCUGCUUUAGGUAAAAUCAUCAAAAAGGAUUCAUUUGGAAGAAAAUCCCGAGAGAAUAGCAUUAAAAAUGAAGAUUCAGAAAAUGAUGGUAAAACUGCCAACGGUACACGUUACGUUAAAAAUGCUAAACCUAUUUUUAGUGAUAACAAGUACGUCAAGGCGAAAUCAUUGUCUCCUGAUAAAUUGACUAAAGAAGGUGAUUGUAUCAAGGAAGAAUUAUCUGAAGAUGAUACAAAUAAUCAAGACGCUAAAGUUACGUUUGAUAGUUUAAGUCGUAAAAAUUCUACAGGCAAUCCUUCAGACUCCAGUCCAGCUAAGGUUAUGCAUAGAAAAAGCUGUGGAGAUGAGCCUAAUAUCAAAACUUUGACGGAAUUUCAAAAAAUCUCCGAUUCAGGAAAGAUUCCCUCCCAAGAUGAUAUAGAUAGAAUUUCGAAAGUGACCAUGGAUGCACCGCUUCUUUCUAGUGAUACGGAUAUGAACUCGCUCGGGAAGAGAACGCUCGACAGUUUGAUGGAGAUUGAGAGGAAGAGAUUAGAAAUGUUGGAAGAACAAGGAUGCCAAUUGAUAGAGAAUGAAAGAGAGAAAAUAUCAGAAUUAAAACGGAGGGUGCAGGACGAGACGAAGAAACUCUGGGACCAGAAAAACAGAUCUGAACAAUCCAAGUCGUUAGACUGCGACCAGUGUCAAAGUUUACCGCCGUUUGACAGCAAAGUUGACAGAUCCCUGACAGCUGACAAAUCAUUUGACAGGUCUGUCAUUGAAGACAGCAGUUUGCUGGAACACUCGUACAUGAUGAAUUACCCGAGCCUCUUUGAAGACAGUUCUGGCCUGACGUCAUCGUCCAUAGAAGAGCUUCAAGUGGGCAACUCUCGGACUGGCUCCAGGGAGGAAGACAAGCGCAGUGAUGACAGCAGGCCGCUCAGCCAUGCGUCGGACUUCAGCCGAGACAACAUAUUGUCACUCAGCAAUGCGCCGCGGCGGAGCCGACGCGGAAUCGCGCCCUACAGCGACCUACAGCGACCCCUCACCAGGUACCUACCCGUGGACAGAGACGACUUCGACCUGCGGAGACACGUCGAAUCGGCCGGCCACCAGCUGGAGGUGUGCCCCUACGUGACAAUCAACGCGACGUCAUGCCGCGGGUACCUGCACAAGUUGGGAGCCACCUUCCACACCUGGUCCAAACGGUGGUUCGUUUUCGACAGAGAAACGAAAACGUUCAUCUACUACUGGGACAAGAGUGAGAAGAAGCCGAGGGGCGGGGCCUACUUCCAGGUGAUAGAAGAGGUGUACUUAGACCACGGGAAUACAUCGAGAUCACCGAACCCUCAAACCACCUUCAUCGUGAAGACACGACAGAGACGGUACUACCUCAUGGCGCCAUCUGGCGAGGCGGCCAGGAUUUGGAUCGAUGUUGUCUUCACUGGUGCACAAGGUUACACAGAGUACUUAGAAUGAAAGAGACAUUAUACGGCCAUUGUCUGCGAGUAAUCUGGAUUUCGGUUAUUUCAUCACAAUUUGUUUAAUUCCGCUAUCAUAAAAACAAAUUUUAAUGAUAUGGGCUUCCAUAAAAGAAUGCCUAAUCAUAAUCUGCUUUUUUAAAUAAAUUAAUGUCAAAAUAAGUAAUGGAACGCCAAUAACCUCAACCUGUCAACUGUCAUUUGAAUUGUUAAAAAAAAUAUAUAUUCAUUUAUAUGUAUGCGUUUUUUUAUUACAUUAUAUUACUAGGAUUGGGAAUUAUAAAUUUUUAUAACUAAGUCUAGAAAUAAAAUUACUUAUUUUGACAAUUAUUACAAUAUGGCGGAAUGUCAGCCUUAUUCGUAUUUAUAUUGAAUUGUGUACUUUUUCUUAUUUAAAUAUGUUUAAAUUGGAGUCUUACAAAUUAUAUUUAUUUCUAAAUUUGAUAAUAACGUAAUAUAUAGAUUUCAAAAUUUAAUUAAGAAACAUUUUGAGCCAAAUCUAUUUCCUAUCGAUAGUUAACACUGUUUGUAACUGUCAGUACAACAUUACUUGGACCUGAAACAAUACUAUAACGCUGAAGUUGCCAUCUCUAAUUGGAAAAUUACUAAAGAGCUAUAAAUUUUAAACGAUUAUACUGAUAAAAAUAUUUUUACAAAAAAUUGCUGAAGUAUUACAAAUGUUGUGGUAGUUUAAUAUUUUUUUUUUUUUUGUUAUAAUUAAAACUGUGGUCGAAAUAAAAGUACACUAAAUAAUAAUAUAAGUGAAUUGAUAAUUUUCACUAUAGUUUGUAAUAACUACUACAAUAAAAUGAAAUAUUUGUGCCAAUUUUUACAAUUUAUAUGGCAACUAUUUUUAUAUAAAUUAUACAUUUGGAAAUAUCGGUGCCUUGUACAAGACUGAUAAAUCCGAAAUGAUUGCUAUCGCAUGCACAUACUGAUGUAUGAACAUUUUUACUAUAGGUAUAUAUUAAAUAGAAUGCAUUAUACAUUUCUAUUUACACUGAGUUUUUGUCUAUUUUUGAUUUUUAAGUAAAUGAAUGUGUUUUACUGAAAUUAGAUUUUAUGCACGCUUAUAAUGAAAAUGUUACCAUAAUUGUGUAUUAGUAUUUUGUUUCUACUAGUAGAUAAAUAGGUAAUGAAAUUUUGAAAAUCUUUUUAUUAAAUCCCAAAUUGUGUAUUAACUUUUAUACCGUUUUCAGUCUACAAUAAAUUUCAUUGUAUUCAAUGAAAAGAAAUAUUCACGAAUUGUAAUUGUUUAAUUGCCUUUAAAAAAAAAUAGCUCAGAUAUGUCUGUAUUGUUGUGAUUUGCUUUUUACUAUAUGGCAGCUAAUAAUGAAUUUAGUAUUAUAAGCUAUAUUUCAUAACAUAAGUUUUAAGUACAAAAAAAUAAUCGUAAUAUUUUCAUUACGAAAGAAUAAUACCAGUGUAAAAAUUUAUAAUUAAUUAUGCUUGCAACACUAUAUUAUAUACUUAGUUUUAUGGCUGAAUACCAAUUAUAUUAGUAACUAAGGUCACAUUAUUAACCAAGGGAUAAAAAUAAAAGUAAUUACUUGACAAUA